GUAUCUCUGGUUGCUCUUGGUCCACUGACGAAUAUAGCACUAGCAGUGAAAAUGGACCCAUCACUUCCCAAGAAACUUAAGAAUUUGUUCAUCAUGGGAGGAAAUACUGAAUCCAGAGGAAAUAUUAAAGUGUGUGGAGAAUUCAAUUUUGCAACUGAUCCUGAAGCUGCUUACAUUGUCUUAAAUGAGUACACCUGCCCAAUGUAUAUUGCAGCCUGGGAGUUCACCUGUGCCUGCUCGCUGCCCUGGGAAUUCUACCAUGAAUGGGUGAAUCAGAAUACUGAGAAAGCCAGAUUCAUGAAGAAAAUAUUUGCUCAUUCUUUAAAAAUGGCAAAACCUCACUUAGGCUUUGUUUCUUGCGACUCUUAUGCUAUGGCUGCUGCCAUUGAUGAAAACUUUGUCACGGAAGUCACAAUAAUUGGCGUAAGUGUUGAGCUCAGUGGCUCUCUAACUAGAGGAAUGAUGGUAAUGGAUUGGUCUGACCAUCUGAAAAAGGAACACAAAGCAUUUGUAAUGAAAAACUGUGAUUUAGGGAAAUUCCAGGCACUUAUGAUGGAUGCUUUGAAAUAAAAUGGGCUUAUUUAACAUAAUAUUUAUGUUAAGCUACUGCUGCUGGGCAAACCAAGGGUUGCCUGAAACACUAUAAUAGCUGCCCAUGCAAAGGUUGUAAUUAAAUUCUUUAAUUGUUCUGAAGAAUAAAAUAAUCUUUUAACAUUUUUGCCAGCAUGAAAGAUAUACAUUGAACUUCUUUUACUCUUCCUUUGCACUACAAUUGAUUGAAUCCUGUUCACUGAGUCAUCUAUAGUCAUGAACUCUUCAAGAUGAUAAGGAUUAUGCAUCCUUAGGAAUUAUUUAUGAAGGGAUCCUUUGAGCAAACACUAUAAAUUUAAAAAUAAAUAAAAUAAUGUCUCCAACUUGAUGUCUGUCUUCCCCCUUCUCUGACGCUCUACCAGAUGUUGAUACAGGCACAAUUUAUAUUAUGUGUUUCUUAAAAAUGUGUGCCAAAACCCCUUCAUAAAUCUAAAAAUAAUUAAUAUGGUCAAUUUUAAUGGAGAUAUAGUAUUUGGUUUUCUUGGGUGGAUAAAACAUUCACUUAUAAUUAAUAAUUCAUAAACACUUUCUUAAAAGAGCAGAUAAUAAAUAGUAGUUAAUACCUUGAUACGUUCACAUUAUUUCAUUUGGUACAAGUUAGAAACAAGGAUAGUGUAGAAAAUGAUGCUGCAUAUUCAUAGUGAUAUUGCCACAGAUAUCUUCCUGUGGUGAGAUUAGACUAGCAAAUAGGACCGACAUUCUAAAGCAAGUUGUCCCUUCUGUUCAAGACUUGGGUAGAUGAACGUAUCUUUUGGAGGGGUUACUGGUCCAGUGAGCAGGAUCCUUCUGAUUCCAUAUGUAUAAUUGGAUGCCAUUUUUAGUGUACUACUUGGUAUAUAACUGCUUGUAUUAUAGUUGUCUUCUGCUUCUAGUGAGCUAAUUGGUAUUAUCAAUAAAUGCCAUUGGUGUGAGAAGCAUAACUUACUUUAAAACUAAUAACUGUUAAUAAAACAAUGGCAAAAUUACUGUAUACUUUUCUUAUGCACUUUUGCAAUUAUUAUGGUGAUAUUAUAGAAAACAGUCAACAAGAGGUAAUGUAAUUAUUUGCUGUAAUUAUUUGUAGAACUAUUAUGUCAAGGUGAAUGUUGUUAUAACCUAAGGCAUAAAUUUCAAGCUAAUCAAGGUAUACCAACAGAAAAUGUGAAAGAUCCCAUUUGCUCAAAAGAACUCCUUUGUUUGAAAUAAUUGCUCUUUCCCUACGCAAUAUGAUUUGUGCUCAUUUAGCAGAAUAUGCCAAAUCUAUCACUUACUAAAAUCCUUUCCAGUCCCACUAUAUCCAAGAAACUGUGGUGGCGUCAGGUCCCAUAGAUCCCUUUCAGGACACUGCCCUUCUGGUGGAGAAGGCCUGGAUGCAUUCCUCACUUUGUAACCCUUUUCCUGUUGCAUGCCUAUCCUGUACUUCGAUUUACCAUCCUGGGAAUGUAAAGGGGAAGGGAAUGGCUAGAGGGCCCUCUGUUUUAUCUCAGCACUGGAGCCUCCAGCAAGCAAUGUGUGAGAACAGCUUCUUAUCACCUUCUCAGCCUGAGGUUCUCAACACAACUUUGCACCUGUGGACUGGCUUGCCCUGUACUGGACUGAGAGUGUGUGUGUGUCUCUCUCUCUCUUUUAAUCUAACAGAAAUGUGUGGGAAUCCUCAGGUCCUGCCUUCUCUUUGUUGCU